GCUUGCUAAUGGUGCAUGCGCGGUGUAGAGUGGUCGCCAUGGAGACGCGUGGCGCCAGCUUGCAGAUCGCGCCCGGAACCCGCCUGGCAGCCGCGGGGUCCUACGCUGCCGGAUCAUAGUUCGCUAUCCUGUGGGCUUAUGGACCGCGGCAGUGGGGCCGGGACGGCGGGAUACCUCGAAGAGGGAGAGGACGACGACGAGGAAGAGGAGAGAGAGGGCGGCGCCGCGGGCUUGCUGGGGUCCAGACUGCCCCCCAUCACCGGAGAUGCCUCAGAGCAAACCAGAGGAAAGGCGAAGAAGAAAAAGAAGAAGAAAAAGACCAAAGGGUCAGGCAAGGGGGACGCAGAUAAACAUCAGAGUCGAGGCCUGAAGAGUCAGCUGUUUUCCUCAUCCUUCCAAGACCCCCUAAGUCCCAGCAAGGACCACGGGCCGAGGCCAGAGCCCAAGCAGGACAAGGACAGUCACAAGCACGUCCCUUUCUCCUCCUGCACCAUGAGCCUGCCCCACUUGGCCGAAGUAGAAGAGAAACUUUCAAACCAGGUCAACGAAAGCCUGCGUUGGGAUGGAAUUCUCGCUGACCCGGAAGCAGAAAAAGAAAGGAUUCGCAUAUAUAAGCUGAACCGGAGAAAGCGGUACCAGAACUUGGCCCUCACGGGCUUCCACUCCGACCUCGGCAGCGGCCACUGCUCUGAAGGAAACCCCGAGGCAAAGCUCCUGCACUCUGAUGAUUUACCUCCUGCUCUGCUGGAGUGAGGUCUACCGCAUUGCUGACAAGCUUGCCCUUUCUCCUUGCCACAAGCUUGUGUGUUAAAAAGGAAUAAUAAAAGGAAACUGGAGCUGUAUCUGAAGGAAGCAGCUGUCUGGUGUGCAGAUAGGCCAACCUCUCCUGCAGUAAGAUGCCCUUAGAUGCCCAUUUCUUAAGAACACCAGCAACUUCAUGAACACGGUGCUUUGCACAACUGCCUUUUUUCUGAACUAUCCGGGCGUCUCUCUUUGUUAUUUAAGUUCUCAUCACAGACAGAUCUCCAUGUAAUCGGCCCCUAAAAAAAAAGAAAGAAAGAAAAGAAAAAGCUGUGUAGACUAUUUAAAUUCUAAGUCUGAAACUAAUUUCAUGGAUACAGCUUGCACAAUGCAUGCAUCUGUUAGGCCCAGGAAAAUGCCCUGAAUAUCCUGGAGAUGUUUUCUUAAUUACACUAUUUAUCGUUAUGUGGCUUUCAAAAUCAGUAGGUUCAGGAACUUCACCCCUGAGAGGUUAUUAUGGGAAGCCCAAAGAGGACUUUUAUAAAUAUAGCUCUCCCCUGAUCCCUGAGGUGGCAUUUUAAGGAAAGUUCGGGAGCAUUAAAGGUGCCUUACUAUA